UAUGGGACUCCAUCUCUGCUCUCUGGCGUACGCAGUCCACUGCUGGUUACGCUUUACGCACAGGCACAGGCUCGCAGAGGAAAAAAAGAAACUGCAUCAUAUAGCAACACAUAAUCUUUUAAAAAAUAAAUUCAAUAACACAAGUAGCCACAAUCUCGACGACGGCCAUCAUGAGUAAUAAACAAGCCUGCAUCUUUCUCAGGGGUGGAACAAGAAGACGCACAAGAGAGCUGACGAAAGAGGAGAUUGGAGAGUUACGUGAAGCUUUUGUCGAGUUUGAUAAGGAUAAGGACGGUUUCAUAACCUGUAAGGACUUGGGGAACCUGAUGAGGACAAUGGGCUACAUGCCGACUGAAAUGGAGCUCAUACAACUCAGUCAGAAUAUCAACAUGAAUUUGGGGGGACGGGUGGACUUUGAGGAUUUUGUGGACCUAAUGAGCCCCAAGCUCUUGGCUGAAACUGCAGGGAUGAUUGGCGUGAAGGAACUUAAAGACGCAUUUCGAGAGUUUGAUUUAGAUGGUGACGGUGCCAUCACGUCUGAUGAACUAAGACAGGCCAUAAUAAAGCUACUUGGAGAACAAACUAGUAAAACCGAAAUUGAUGCAGUUGUCAGAGAAGCAGAUAACAACGGAGAUGGAAAAGUUGACUUUGAGGAGUUUGUGAAGAUGAUGUCGCAGAAAUAAGGACAACACGAGGAAUGUUUGACUGUGCAUGGAGUGGAUUCCUUUGUGUUUAAUUACACUGACGUUAGCCUGCUUCUUAUGAACUAUUUGACUGUUUUUUUCCUGUUGUUUAUGUGGCAUCCGCCUCACACGCGAUCACGUUGACCUCAUUAAUUAAAACUUAGUAAAGGCGCUUUGACCUUUUUUGUUCAAUUUGAUGCACAUAAUAUCGGUAAACAAAUUGAAUGAAUUGAAUUGCCUGAA